GAAAAGGAAGUAGGUUGAUACUCAGCGAAGAAGCGAUCGAAGUAAAGUAGAAGAACUUUUUUUAUUAUUUUGAAAAUUACAUGAUGGGAACCACAGCAAGUCAACUAGGGAAGGAUUUGCUUUCAGAGUAUCAAGAGUUGACAUUUUUAACAAAACAAGAAAUUCUUCUUGCUCACAAGAGAUUCACUGAGCUACUCUCCAAAGAGGACAAAGCCCUUCCUAACGCCAGGGUACCGAUGGAGACUAUGCUUGCACUUCCAGAACUCAAGUCCAACCCUUUUCGGAACAGAAUCUGCCGGGUAUUCUCAACAUCUGAAGUGAAGGAUGGAAGUCUGUCUUUCGAGGACUUCCUGGACCUUCUUAGUGCUUUCAGUGACUCUGCUACUAUGGAAAUAAAGUCCCACUAUGCAUUCCGCAUUUUUGACUUUGAUGAUGAUGGGACGCUGGAUGGGGGGGACCUGGAGAAACUAGUUAACUGCCUUACUGGGGAGACAGACGAUACAAGACUUACCCCCGAUGAAAUGAGACAGCUCAUAAGCAAUAUUCUCGAAGAGUCUGACAUUGACAAGGAUGGAACGGUAAACCUGUCAGAGUUCCAACAUGUCAUUUCAAGAUCACCGGAUUUUGUCAGUUCUUUCAAGAUUGUGCUGUGAAGACGCAAAGGAGGCUAUUGAAUUUGAUUUGCACUUUGAUACUCAUACUUCACAUGCUGUUUUGAAUUAUAUUAGAGCAAUUUUAGAGAUUUGCCUUAAUUUAUAUCUACCUUUGGGUUUUAACUGUUUUACAUGAUUUGUGAAAUUUAACUUUCCUACUUGUUUUUUAAUUAUGUGUAGAAGUGAAAUAAAAAAACAAAUG